AUGACAAAGAUUCCUGAGCUCUUGGGCCUCUCCGACCAGUUUAAAAAUGCCCGAAUCAAGCAAGGCCCGCACAUAAUCUUUCAUAAGAGCUUGGAAAAGCGUACUUGGUCACAGCUUCGCAAGGCCUUGCCCUUCACAUUCCCUGGACAGAUUGAGAGCGAUUGUACACUGGGAUUCAGUGAAACCAUGGAGAGGUUGAAGAUUAAUCUGGGAAUUACUGAGUAUGACAAAUAUCAGGUUAUCCACGCCAUACAGCAUGGUCCUCACCCCCGUGUGGUUUACAACCGACUCUUCAGACACCGCGGGAUGCCCCUCGGCCACUUCAAUGCCAGCAUCAUCAACAUUUGUCAACAGGCUGUGUCUGUCAUUCGGGAACAAAAGGCCGCAGUUCUCAACGAGUUUCCGGACCAGUCUCCAGCUGCAGAUUAUUCCGAUGAAUCUGCCUUGACCACUCUUACGAACACUCCAGUGCUGUCGGAUGUGGAACUUUCUGCACCAAAAACACCAUCACCAGAGACAGAGGGUUCGGAUACUCCAAAAGAUGGUGGAUCUAGUUCUACUACUCGCAUCCCUAGGACGCGAGCGUCUAGACUGGCUGAAACGGCUACAGCUGUCAAGCAUACUUUGGCGACUAUCGCUCCGUCUCAGGAUAUCAGACCAUCCCUGAAGCUUUCCACCAACGACGGUGCCUCGGCCUUGCAGAAACCCGCAAGAGAAACUUCCCCCUUGCAGCUGGGCAAAAUCAAAUUAGAGCCAGCAGAGGGAAAAUCUGGCCUGGACGGACGAAUAGACCCGAAAUUGUGCGCUCAUGGAGCUGAAUACGAACAGCGAAGUAUAGCGGAAUGUGUGAACAAGGGAAGGCGCAUGGCGAUUGCUCAGCAGAGUGUUGAUGAGUGGUGUAUCAGGCCACUAGAUCAGGGCUUCAUAAGCGGCAACACAAAGGCCGCUGCCCGAGAGAAAGUCGGGCAGGAGGUCGGAUUUCUCGAAGCCGAUCCACAACAACAGUUGAGAACCUCACCUCAGAACUCCGGUCAUGGGAAGCCAGUCGCGGUUCUUAUUACCAACCUGGACGAGUGUUCAAGUGGAAACUCCUAG